GAGUUCCGCCUCCACUCUCAGUCCCUCACGCGCUCGACGGAAGGAAAGAAGGAAGGCGCUCCCUGAGAGGCUGCGAUGCUCCGCGAGGCGCCGCAAAGCCUGCUGGUGGCCCAGAUGGUGCUUUUUCUGAGGGACGAGGAGGAGGAGGAAGGGGAGGAAGAAGGCAAAGGCCCCGGGAAGAGCGGCCACAGCAUCCUCUGCUUCUGCAGCCGGGCCUUCGUCGAGGAUCGAAAACUAUACAAGUUAGGUUUAAAAGGAUUUUAUGUCAAAGGGGAGGAAGACAGCACAGGGGAAGAUCAAGUAUCUGAAGAUGAGGAAAAAGAGCAAAAACACGAUAUUAAUAUUGCUGAUUUACCAUCAAACAGCCAUGUCCCUGAGGUUGAAGACAUUGAAUUAGACUCAGAAACUGAACUUAUGAAGAGUAUGGGUUUGCCUUUACAAUUUGGUGGAACAGCAGUCCAUAAGACUAUUGUGGAAUCUGGGAAUACUUAUAAAAGGGGUAACAAAGUAAUGAAGAGAAAGAAGAAGAAGAACAUGCUGCAAAAAGAUAUUCUUGAAAUAAUGAAGGAUACUUUGGAAGAUGAUUAUGAGAUUGAAGACAGCCACUCUCUAGCUGAUGACCCAUCCUUAAUUAACAAGGAAGUUGAUGAACAAUGUGAAGAUGGAGAAGUCAAACUCGAUGAGCUGAAUGAAAAAUGGGAAACAUAUUGGGGCGAGUAUGGAGAAGGACUUCUUUGGAAAAGUUGGCAGGAAAAGCAGGAGGAUGUAGAUUCUGAACUUUUAUCUAUUAGCGUACCCUGGGAUAAUCCUGAAAUGAAGGAAAAAUGGCAACAGCAUUAUAAUGAACUGUACUGGUAUUACUGGGAACAGUUUCAGUACUGGGCAAAUCAAGGUUGGACUGUUGAUGUGGCACAUAGUAGUCUAGAAAUAAAUAAAAGUAACGUGGAAACAAAGGAAGAAAAAACACAGAAUACUGAAAUAGAUAAUGAGUGCAGAGAAGUUCUGGACUCGAAUUUCUGUUCUCGUCCUUCUGUUGCUAGCUGCGAAUGUAAUCCCAUUCUAAAUGACAGUCAGUGUAAUAUUGACAUUCUUACAGAGAUCAAUAAAAUAAAUUUGAACUCAGAAGAAGCAGAAGAUAGCAAAUUGGAAAGCAUGGUUGAUAGCAAAGAUAGUCAAGGACUCUGUUUAACAAGCAUGGAAAGGCAUUGUCCUUGUGAUUCAGACCAGUCUAAGAAAUCUGAUGAGGGACCAAAAGAAGAAAAUACAACUUCUGAAUAUGGAUGUUCAAACCAAGCAGCUUCACUGGCACAUUCCACAGGAGGUGGGGGAUCAUCGCACAGUAACAGUGAUGGUGAUGAACAGCCACCUGAACAGAAACCUAUCAGAUUAAAAAGAAGCCAUGAAUUAGAUGCUGAAGAAGAUCCUCAGGCAGAUCCUGAUGAAGUUUUUGGUCUCUUGGGGCUCAAGCGUGGCAUAGGACAAAGAUACAGAGAAAUUCCUGGUUUCAGUGAAAGAAGAGUGACUCAUUUCAAUAGAAACAUGAAAUUUAAAUCAAAGUUAUUGGAUAUGCGCAGAACUAUCAAGACCAAAAACAAGCAUAUCUUUUUUACAGAAGAACCUGAAGUGGGAGCAUUUAAGAAAAGUAAAACUUUGAAUAAGGUUGAAAGGUUCUUGAAGCAAGUAAAUGAACCUCUGGAAGAGACAUCUCAAGACCAAACAAUUCAUGCUUCCUCCAGCAGUGAUUCAGAAGAACAGGAAAAUGCUCUUUGCUCACAAAAUAAUCCAGAUGUCCAAAACUGUGAACUGCUGCUCCCUGAUUCUAAUUCCACUAGACAUAGAAGGAACAGCAUUGAAGAGGGGAAGCUGAUAAUAGCAGCAAGGGACUGUAAUUCUGAGGUGCCUGUUGAAGAGGUGGAAAAAGAAACAUGUCCUUUGGGAAGAGAACUGGUUCCCCUGGAUAUUCCAGACUAUCUCCAGAUGGAAACAGAAGGUGAAGUAAAACCUAUAAAAAAGAAGAAAAACAGAAAAAAGAAAAACAGAAAUAUACCAUCCCUGCCCCCUGAAAUAGCUGCCGACCCAGAAUUGGCUAAAUACUGGGCACAGAGAUACAGGCUGUUUUCUCGGUUUGAUGAGGGGAUUCACUUAGACAGAGAGGGAUGGUUUUCUGUUACACCUGAGAAAAUUGCAGAGCACAUUGCAGACCGCGUAAUGCAGUCCUUCAAGUCUGACGUCAUAGUGGAUGCAUUUUGUGGUGUGGGAGGAAAUUCAAUUCAGUUUGCCCUGGCAGGAAAAAGAGUAAUUGCUAUUGAUAUUGAUCCUGUGAAGAUCCGUCUCGCACACAAUAAUGCGGAAGUGUAUGGAGUGGCUGACCAAAUAGAAUUCAUAUGUGGGGAUUUCAUGAAGCUUGCAUCCCGUUUAAAAGGCGACGUUGUGUUUCUGAGUCCUCCGUGGGGUGGUCCUGAAUAUACCACUGCAGAAGUUUUUGAUGUUCAAACAAUGAUUUGUCCUGAUGGAUUCGAAGUUUUCAAGCUGUCACAAAAGAUUACCAACAACAUUGUGUAUUUUCUUCCCCGCAAUGCAGACAUAGAUCAGGUGGCUUCCUUAGCUGGACCAGGAGGCAAAGUUGAAAUAGAACAAAAUUUUCUGAACAACAGGUUGAAGACCAUAACUGCUUAUUUUGGAAACCUGAUCAGAGAAAAUGCAUCAUAAUGGGUUUGGGUAAAUGAAUGACUUAUCAAGGCAAAAUUGAUGGUCCGAAAUUUCUGAAUUUUAUCCCUUCAUCUGAUUCUAAAAUCAAUGGCUGUCUUUUUUUUUUCUUUUUUUUUUUAAGAAGAGAUCAUUUGGAAUAUCUGCUGCAGUGCCAAUAAAAUGUUUUAUAAUAAAACA